AUGCCUGCAACUUCCAGCGAUGCCGUCGACAGCGAUGAGCUUCAACCUACCGACUUUGAGGCGCUUGUCCAGCUGCUCUCGGCCUGCAAAAGAUGCCGCAAGUCCCGAAAGCGGUGUGAUACCCAGCUACCUGCCUGUGCCAACUGCAGCCGGGCGGGCACCGACUGUGUCUUCUUUGACCAUGUCUCCAAGGAGAUGCUUCCUCGAAGGUACGUUGCUUCGAUGAUCUCCCAUCUGAAACAACUUGAGGCGCGCUCUCUCGCAAAGUCGGAUGCUGGCAUGGAAUCAAGGGCUGGUUCUUUGUCUUCUUUCGAAUCCCACCAAGUCUUUCCCGUCCGACACUCCAUCAGUGACCUGGGUGAGGACGGCCCAGCUGCUGUCCACGGGGAAUUCACCUUACGAUGGAGAGAUGACAUGGCAGCAUCGGUGCCGUGCCCUCCUCUGAGCACCGCUUGUCAGGCUCUGAUCGACCAAGACCUCCACGACUUUCUGAUCAGCACAUUUGUCGACACCUUGCAGGGUCCGUAUCCCAUCUUGGACUCCAACAGCCCGUUCUUGCAAAGGCCGCUAUCCCAUUGCGACAAACUCUCGCCUUGGGAGACAUGCUCGCUCAAAAUGGUAUACUCGAUUGCGUGCCACUGUAUUCCAGCCAACGAUACUCGAUUAGUUCUUCUCUCCGACGUGCUUUAUAAAGAAGCCACUGGCUAUGUAGAGGAGAUCACCGCCGAUCAGAAUGUCGAGUCCUUACAGACCAUCGUCCUUCUUGCUUUGCGAGGCCAAUUUGAUGGACGAAACGGAAGUGCAGGCCAGCAGAUCGCUUUCGCCCACCGCCUAGAGACCGAGUUGACGUCUCGAGAGGCUGACGAGGCAGUUCCAGCUCUGCAGCGUCUGAAGCGUAUCAUUUAUUGCAUUAGCAAUCAAGUUUCCACGGCUCUCGAUCGCCCUUCUGGUCUGGCCGCACCGGAGAAUUUGACCAGCACGACAGAUGAAGCUGAUGUCCUCUUCCAUCUGGCCGCACUGCAGCUGCACAUGCGCGGUGACAGGCCAAUUGACCCUGCUCAGCUGGACUUCCUGACCAAGUCAAUGGCUCGGGAAUGGUCACCCUUAGUCCGAACAUCGCUCUGUGAAACACGGUUUCUUUUACGGCCGACUCAAGAAUCGGCCAUGCAAUUACUAGAGUCAUACAUGGGCGACGGCAUGAUUUUGACCAUCUUCGUCUCACGCUGGACGUACAAUGCCGUAACAUUCUUGCUCUCCAAUUCAGGCGACACGAUUUGCCAACAAGGCUACCAGCUCGGAAUGAGAGUCUUGGACCGAUGCGCACUGAAAUGGCCCAAUACAAGAGUCCUGCGACGGGCUCUUCAGGACCGUGCAUACCCCUCUAAGCAGUGACGCUCACAAUAUCAAAGCGGACAUUGCUCUCAGAGCCGUGCUGCUAUGUAGAUCAAGUCAGACAUCGAUCUCUGCGUCUCUGGACUUGUCUAUCAGCACCGUACUGAGGCCCCUAAAGUAACCAUCUCGGCGGUAAAUUAGCAGAGGCGGCGAGACCUUAUGGCAUCAUGAUAUACAGUCCACACACUGCACGGGCAUGCCUCCAGGUAC